AUGAAUGUGCCUGCGGACGAAGCUCAGUUUCUGUCGAUGAUUUUGAAAAUGAUGAAUGCGAAGAAAACCAUAGAAGUCGGAGUUUUUACCGGCUACUCACUUUUGGCUACGGCUCUUGCUCUCCCUAUCGAUGCCAAAGUAAUAGCCAUUGACCCUGAUCGAGAAGCGUACGAGACGGGACGACCAUAUAUUGAAAAGGCUGGUGUCCAACAUAAAGUGCACUUCAUUGCUUCAGAUGCCAUGUCAGCCAUGAAGGAAAUUCUUGAUAAUGGAGAAGAAGGAACAUUUGAUUUUGCAUUCGUUGAUGCUGACAAGGAGAGCUAUAUAAAGUACCACGACGAGCUGUUGAAACUAGUGAGAGUUGGAGGAAUUAUAGGAUACGACAACACCCUGUGGUCCGGGACAGUGGCAUUGGCUGAUGAAGAUUUGAGCCAAGAGUGGAAGGACCGCAUUGGCAUCAAUCGAAUUCUGCUAAGGAGUUUCAAUGCUUUCUUGGCCUCAGAUUCCCGGAUUGAGUUAGCCCAUCUUUCCAUUGGAGAUGGCCUCUCACUCUGCAGGCGCAUCAAAUAG